AUGAAACGUACAAAUACGAAUUAUGAAAACUCGAUCAGCAUCAACAACGCAGCGAAUGUAUCAAUCGAAGGAAUUGUUGUAGCCAUCAGCAAUCUCACACACAAACAAAACCAAAGAACAACUUCAUUUUGGACUGCAUUCUUAUGCCAGUCAGAUCAGAAUAUAAUCAGAAUUACCAAAUAUCUAUCAUGUAAACGCAAAUGUACGUUACAUGAAAAGCUAGUCGAAUUUUAUAAUAAACAAGAUGGCUGUGAAGUCAAUGAACUGAAAUUUAAUACUAAGGAGAGCUAUACUGCAACUCCACAAACAACUGUCGUACCAAAACAGUUAUCAAUCAAAGCAAAUUGUUUACAAUUUAUUCCACUCGAACAAAUUGAAAGCAAAUGUGAUGGUGAAUAUGUUAGCUUCCUUGCAAAUAUUAUUGAGAUCGGUCCUGUGAGUUCCAUCUAA